GCAGCCGGGCUCGGAGCCGAGCUCCAGCAACCGACAGGAAGCCGCGGCGCCCGGUCCGGGGGCGAUCGGCCCGCAGCGCCCCCCGGUCUUCCCCGGGGCGCCAUGGCUCCACUGAGGCCAGGCGCACCCGCGGGGCUCCCGGCGCGUCCGCUUGAGCGCAGCUGAGCUAGGCGCAGCUUGGAAGGUCCAGGACCCCCGGGGUGCAGGUGGGGGCCGGCGCUAUGGAGCCCCCGGCCGCCCCCUCGGAGAGGAGCCUGUCUCUGUCUCUGCCCGGGCCCCGGGAGGGCCAGGCCACCCUGAAGCCGCCCCCCCAGCACCUGUGGCGGCAGCCCCGGACCCCCAUCCGUAUCCAGCAGCGCGGCUACUCAGACAGCGCGGAGCGCGCGGAGCCGGAGCGGCCGCCACACCGGCCCAUAGAGCGCGCCGACGCCGUGGACACCAGCGACCGGCCCGGCCUGCGCACGACCCGCAUGUCCUGGCCCUCGUCCUUCCACGGCACGGGCACUAGCGGCGGCGGCGCGGGCGGAGGCAGCUGCAGGCGCUUCGAGGCAGAAAAUGGCCCAACGCCAUCACCGGGCCGCAGCCCCCUGGACUCGCAGGCGAGCCCAGGGCUCGUACUGCACGCUGGGGCAGCCACCAGCCAGCGCCGGGAAUCCUUCCUCUACCGCUCUGACAGUGACUAUGACAUGUCACCCAAGACCAUGUCCCGGAACUCAUCGGUCACCAGCGAGGCGCAUGCUGAGGACCUUAUUGUUACGCCAUUUGCCCAGGUGCUCGCCAGUCCUCCGCAGUGUUCGAAGCAACUUCUCGCUCCUGACCAAUGUGCCCAUUCCCAGCAACAAGCGAUCCCCGCUGGGAGGCCCAACCCCCGUCUGCAAGGCCACACUGUCAGAGGAGACAUGUCAGCAGUUGGCCCGGGAAACUUUUGGAGGAGCUGGACUGGUGCCUGGAGCAACUGGAGAACCAUGCAUACCUACGCUCUGUCAAGCGAGAUGGCUUCACACAAGUUCAAGAGGAUGCUGAACCGAGAACUCACACACCUGUCAGAAAUGAGCAGGUCAGGAAACCAGGUCUCAGAGUACAUUUCCACAACAUUCCUGGACAAACAAAAUGAAGUGGAGAUCCCAUCACCCACAAUGAAAGAGCGAGAACCCCAGGAAGCACCACGACAGAGACCCUCCCAGCAUCCCCUGCCCCCAGGGCCACAGUUCCAGCCCAUGUCACAGAUCACAGGCGUGAAGAAGCUGAUGCACAGCAGGAGUCUGAACACCAGCAUCCCGCGCUUUGGGGUGAAGACUGACCAAGAGGACCUCCUGGCCCAAGAACUGGAGAACCUGAGCAAGUGGGGCCUGAACAUCUUCUGUGUGUCUGACUACGCCGGGGGCCGCUCCCUCAGCUGCAUCAUGUACACCAUAUUCCAGGAGCGGGACCUGCUGAAGAAAUUCCACAUCCCUGUGGACACAAUGGUGACGUACAUGCUGACGCUGGAGGACCACUACCACGCCGAUGUGGCCUACCACAACAGCCUGCACGCAGCUGACGUGCUGCAGUCCACCCACGUGCUGCUGGCCACGCCUGCCCUGGAUGCGGUGUUCACUGACCUAGAAAUUCUCGCAGCCCUGUUUGCAGCUGCCAUCCACGACGUGGACCACCCUGGGGUCUCCAACCAGUUCCUCAUCAACACCAAUUCGGAGCUGGCACUCAUGUACAAUGACGAGUCGGUGCUGGAGAACCACCACCUGGCCGUGGGCUUCAAGCUGCUGCAGGAGGAGAACUGUGACAUCUUCCAGAACCUCAGCAAGCGCCAGCGGCAGAGCCUGCGCAAGAUGGUCAUCGACAUGGUGCUGGCCACAGACAUGUCCAAGCACAUGACACUCCUGGCUGACCUGAAAACCAUGGUGGAGACUAAGAAAGUGACCAGCUCGGGGGUUCUCCUGCUGGACAACUACUCUGACCGCAUCCAGGUCCUUCGCAACAUGGUGCACUGUGCAGACCUCAGCAACCCCACCAAGCCACUGGAGCUGUACCGCCAGUGGACGGACCGCAUCAUGGCCGAAUUCUUCCAACAGGGUGACCGUGAGCGUGAGCGUGGCAUGGAGAUCAGCCCCAUGUGUGACAAGCACACGGCCUCCGUGGAGAAGUCUCAGGUGGGUUUCAUUGACUACAUUGUGCACCCAUUGUGGGAGACGUGGGCAGACCUCGUCCACCCAGAUGCCCAGGAGAUCCUGGACACAUUGGAGGACAACCGGGACUGGUACUACAGUGCCAUUCGACAGAGCCCAUCGCCACCACUCGAGGAGGAACCGGCAGGGCUGGGCCAUCCAGCCCCACCCGAUAAGUUCCAGUUUGAGCUGACGCUGGAGGAGGAAGAAGAGGAGGAGGCAUCCACGGCCCAGGAUGCAUUGGAAACGCAGGGGUUAUCCAUGGUCCAGACUGUAUCCAAGGUCCAGGACCAGGAGGAACACUCAGAGGUGGUGGUAGAAGAAGCAUAUUUGACGCAGGGUGCAGAUUCAGCACAGGAUACACCUGUGACUCAGGAUGGCUCUAGGUUCCAAGAGGAAUCCAUGGAUGCUGUAAGCUGCAGCAGCUCUUCUGCCCUGUCUCUUAAAAGUCCCCUUCUGCCUGCCUUGAGGACCCCAGAAGAGGCCCCGGGCCUCCCGGGCCUCCCCUCCCCGGCGGCCGAGGUGGGGGCCCAAAGAGACCAUCAGGCUGCCAAGAGGGCUUGCUGUGCCUGCACUGGGACAUCAGGGGAGGACCCACUCAUUCUACCGGCUCCGGGUGGGUGGGGGUCAGGUGGAGACCCUACCUGAGCCCCAGCCCCCUGACCCUGUGGCCCUCCCUGUCCCCUAUAACCCCCAUCUCCUUGCAACCACCUCCUCUGAUGCCUCAAAGACUCUUGGUCCUCCUGAGAAAAAAGAAAACAGAAAAGUGGGGGGUUUUCUCUUUUCUUUUUUUCCCCUUUCCCCCUGCCCCCACCCAUGGGGCCUUUUUUUGGACACGGGGGCUGGGGAAUGAGGGGCUGAAGUCCCGGAAGGGAUUUUAUUUUUUGAAUUUUAACAGUAACAUUUUUAGAAAAAAGAACAAAAAAAGAAGAAAAAAAAAAAAAAAAAAAAAAGGAUGAAACACAGCAACUGUAGACGCCCCCAUUCCUGUUUCUCCCCUUCACCCUCGAGCCCCUCUCCCACCUCCUGCCCCUCCCGAGUCCCAGGCUCAGUCUUCCGGCCUCUUGGGCUUUUUCACUUAGACCCAAGCACAAGCAUGGCGCCUCCUUCUGGGCUUUUCUUUGGAGUUUUGGAGGGUCUCUAGAACCCAGCUGGGAAUAGCCAUUCUGGGCAGGGCCGGGGUGGGGGUGUCGCGUGGGAGCCACUGGCUGCCCUGUCACAAGUCUUCCGCCUCGUUUCGCACAACCCCAGCCAUACACAGAGGGGGUCAGCACCGCUGUUGGCUUUAGGGUGGUGUUGCUGCGCCGGCAGCUCGGCCGAGACUUGAAGAUACUCACGCACAUGCACACGCACACACGCACCCUCCUUCCAGCUGCUUCUCCUCUUGUUUCUGCCUUAAUGAUUCCUGUGGCCAUAGCAGACGGGGUCUCAGUGGCUCCCGCUUACCUGCUCCUUGGGUGUGGUGGGGCCAGGCCCAGAGUCCCCAUCCCAGGCUCACAGACACUCAGCCCCCCCAGCGUCCUCCUGUCCCCCUUGCACACUGACUCCAGUCCCUCAGCCCUUUGCCCUAGGAGGAAGCAAUAACGGUGAAUACCCACAUCCCCCAUCCUGGGCAACCCUGGCACCAAAGGAAUUUCUCCUUUGUCCCCCUACCUUGACAAGCCUCUCCCCCUAGCUAAUCCCGAGCAAUACGACAGACAGAUGCGAGGCCAUUUUUUUUCCAAGCCAUGGGGGACUGUUGGAAAGGAAAGACCCCCCUCCCCCUCUUCAUGCCUUCAAUCUGGCUUUGCAGCCAGAUGGGGCAGGGGCCUCUCUCAUUCAUUGCCUGUCCCCCCACUUCUGAGCACACGGUACUGUAGCCCCCACUUCUCCAGCCUUCUGUCUGUCUGUCCAGCCAUUCCCCCCUGCACCAUAAUGCUGUACAGGGUUCAUUUUUGUAGUGAAAGUGGUUUGUCCCAGCCUGUGACUGGAAUGGGCCAUUUUUUCCCUUUUUUUUUUUUUUUUUUUGUAUAUACUGUAAGGUUGGUUUGUAAAUUAUUCUACAAAGGCAAAAAGGGAAAAAUCAACUCGAACUCGCCCUUCCCUGGCUGACCAAGUCAGGAAGGUGGGGAGGGGGGUCCCCAGGGGAGAAGACCCCACUCCCGCUGUAUUAUACACACUGUACCAUAACCCCAGGAAAGGGUGGACUUUGCAGUUUUAUGGGAAGCUGUGUCAUCACAGGGGACAAGGGCUGGGCAGAGCCUGUGCCCUGCCCCUUCCCCAGGAGCAGAGGUGACUGGUAAGAGACCCCCAACCCAGUCAGGGAUCUUCUCCCCAGAGUGGGUGCAGGACCCCUGUGAAUCCGUCAGCCCGUUGGUGGAUGAUCCAUCAUUCGAUCUUGUCACCAAUUAAACGGAGACUUUCACCAAUGUUCCUGGCUGGUGUG